AUGGCAUUCCCUUCUUACCCGGUCCCUGGUCUAUGGACGCUGAGCUUAUUGACACUACUGGCAGCCUCUGUUCAGAGCAACUUCAUCGUUUUCGACGAUGACCCCAUGCAGCCGGUGACCCAGGACGAGACGGUGUCGGUGGGCGGCACGGUGACCCUGACCUGCCGGGUGGCAGAGAGCGACAACUCCUCCCUGCAGUGGUCCAACACGGCCCAGCAGACUCUGUACUUUGGAGAGAAGAGAGCUCUGAGAGAUAACCGUAUCCAGCUCCACCGGUCGACAGGGACAGAGCUGUCCAUCACCAUCGGAGACAUCCAGCUGUCAGACGAGGGGGAGUACACCUGCUCCAUCUUCACCAUGCCCGUCCGCACUGCCCGUGCCACCGUCACUGUGCUAGGUGUCCCUGGUAAGCCUCAGAUCUCUGGCUAUGAGGAUGCUGUGCAGGAAGGGGGCAAAGUCACCCUCACCUGCACCAGCUCCGGGAGCAAGCCCCCCGCCAAACUACACUGGUACAGGGACCAGGAGGAACUCACAGGUCGCCCUGAUGUGGUGGAGUCUAACCCUGGUGAGCCGACCUACACGGUGAUCAGUGAGCUGACUCUGACUGUGGGCCGAAGCGACGAUAAUGCUCUGAUUGCCUGUGCUGUAGACCACCCUUCUCUGGCCCCUGGGGACAAAGGGAGCGAGCAACGCAUUAGAGUCCUGUUCACCCCAGACGUAACUAUCCAGCCUGAGAGUGAUCUACCCAGAGAGGGAGGAAAGUUCCACCUGCAGUGCAUUGCCAACGGAAACCCUGAGCCUAUCUCGUACGUGUGGCAGAAGAAGGAUGGGGAGCUCCCUCCGCUGGCCAAGGUGGAUGGUAGUGUCCUGCGCUUUGAGAUGCUCAACAAAUCAGACAACGGCAUGUACCUUUGUCAGGCCGACAAUGGCAUCGGGAAGGUGCAGGGCCAGUACACACUGUUGGUGCAAGAUGGUCCAGACAACAUUGCAGACCCCACUGCCAUGUCGACCUCUUCGGGAGUGGACCAUGCUGUGAUUGGAGGAGUGGUGGCGGUCAUCGUCUUCAUCCUGCUCUGUCUGCUCAUCGUCUUGGGCAGAUACCUCAUCAGACACAAAGGGACAUAUCUUACCCACGAGGCCAAGGGCUCCGAUGACGCUCCCGACGCCGACACGGCUAUCAUCAACGCCGAGGGCGGCCAUUCCGGAGCGGAGGACAAGAAAGAGUACUUCAUCUAG